ACAGCAUAUUGGUUAGAAACUGAAAGCAAUCACAUAAUAAACUAACCGAGUGCAAUAGACAAGCAGAUUUUAGGCAAAAUGGCAACAGAACUAAGAUCCACAACUCGGUAUCAGCCUCCAGAUUGGUUUACCAGUAACUACACAAUCUCAACCAAUGCUGAGAGGCAGAGAGAUGCAUCUGGUCAAGUUCGUCAGGAAAGCAGAUUUCUCAGGAAUGAAACUGAUAACCAAACAAAAUGGGAUCAACAUUCCAAUAAUGUGAGGCUUGGAGACCGAGUAGAUAAUAUCAGGACAUGGAAAGAAAUCUUAGAAAAGACAUUAGCUGAUAUUGACAAAGAAAUUGCUGACCUUUCAGAAGCAAAAGAACUUACAGAAGAAUCUUUAGAAGCUAAAAAUUUGCCAACAGAUGUUGCAAUUGAAUGUCUAACAUUAAGAGAAGGAAGACAACAUAUUGAUGUAGUUCAAGAUGAAGUAGAAAACCAGUUACAUAAGGAAGUUGAAGUAAUUGAUGGUAUCAAGAAAGCACUACAGUCAAGGAUUGGAGAUGCAUUUGAACAAUUGUGUUUACUCCAAGAGGCUCGUCAACAGAUACAGGCUGAUUUACAAGAUAAAAAUAUUGCACUUGGUAUUGAUAUUGACCAGUAUAAUUUAACAGAUAGAUCAUCUAACAUCAGUUUCAAACCAGAUUCCCUCCGUGUUCCCAAAGGAAGCACAACUCCCCAACAGUGGGAAGAUUUUUCCAGAUAUAACAAAGAUCGUGCUGAAGCAGAAAUGAAAUCAUCAACUCGUCUACGUGAGGCAAUCCAUCACACACUCCAACAAACUGCCAAUGAUUUAGAAGCCCAGAAAAUUGCAACAGAAUAUGCAUACAGAAGAAGGAUCCAUGAAUUUGAGCGGGCAAAGGAUGAACUGGAUUGGCAAAAGAAAAAUACUGAGGAAGAAAUCGCUGAACUUGAAAAUGAUAUUCGAGGUAUUGAGGAGAAGAUUCGUGCUAAGGAUGCACCAAUGAAACUUGCCCAGACUCGUUUGGAGAACAGGACAUACCGUCCAAAUGUAGAAUUAUGUAGAGAUGCUCCACAGUAUGGUCUAACUGAUGAAGUUAAACAAUUGGAGGCAACAAAGAGAGCUCUGGAAGAAAAAUGUAAACAAGCAAAACAUGCACUUGAUGGUUUGGAGAACAAUCUUCACAGAAUCAAUGACGAUCUAGCCCUCAAGAUUAAUUCAUUAAACCUUGAUAACAGAUGUAUGGAUGUCCGUAAAAAACUUCAAGUUAAACCACAAUCUGAACUAGAAAGAAAUUUAACACUUACUGGAAUGCAGCGACAGAAAUCAGCAGUUCUAGCAUAAACAAUCAAGAGAGCUCAAGUUUUUUUAACAGUAUUUAUUGACAGAUGUUCAAAAAUAUCCGUCCAUGCUAUGGAUUUGUUUCUUUUAUCAUUAUUUGUUCAUUAUUUGUAUCGUUUAUGUAUAUCUGAAAUUUGUUAUUACACUUACAAAUUAGUCUUUCACAGUAUGUGUGUUUGUUCAUUUUGAUUGCAUAUUUACAUAUAUUUUCUUAUCAGCUUUCUUUUAGUUUUUGAACACUGACAAUUUUUAACUUUUUAAAGUUUAUGAACUGUUUUUUUUUAUAUUAUAUCGGAAAGAUCAUGCCAAUUUGAUAGAUUAAAGAUUUAAAAUAAAAAAUCUGUGAGUGCUUAAAAGUAAAUCAAUAUAUAUGUAAUAUAUGAACAAUAAAUUUGUUUUUAUCUUGAAUCAAAA